UAAAGCACAAAUGUGCAGACUUCAGUCCCAACCUGGCAACCCUCGCGGUGUGCAGUGGGAGGCGCUACUCCACAGUAGUUUCUGGAAAGAACCUCAUGCAUGCACCAUGGAGAAAGUAUCAGCACUGAAAGACCAGGGAAACAAGGCACUGAGUGCAGGGAAUGUUGAUGAAGCUAUACGGUGCUACAGCGAAGCCAUAGGUCUUGAUCCCUCCAACCAUGUUCUCUACAGUAAUCGCUCAGCUGCUUAUGCCAAGAAAGGAAAAUAUGAGAACGCUCUCCAGGAUGCCUGUCAGACCAUCAAGAUUAAGCCUGACUGGGGAAAAGGCUACUCUCGCAAAGCUGCAGCCCUGGAAUUCCUCGGACGACUAGAGGAAGCGAAAGCAACGUAUCAUGAGGGUAUUCGGCAUGAGCCAAAUAACCAGCAGCUGAAAGACGGUCUGCAGAACAUCGAGGUCCGGCUCGCAGAAAAGACAAUGAUGAACCCCUUUGCCAUACCAAACUUGUAUGACAAGUUGGAGAAGGAUCCCCGGACACGAGAUUUGUUGUCACAACCAAGCUACAGAGAACUGCUUGAACAACUUCGUAAUAAUCCCUCAGCACUUGGAACGAAGCUACAAGAUCCUAGAGUAAUGACCACACUUUCUGUACUGCUUAACCUGCCUGAUAUGGAAGAGGAGGAAGAACCUACGCCCCCUCCACCUUCCAAACCCAAGGAGACACAGCCCCCUCCCCCCAAAGAGGAGGACCUUCCAGAAAAUAAAAGAAAUGCCUUAAAGGAAAAAGAACUGGGGAAUGCUGCUUACAAAAAUAAGGACUUUCAAACGGCACUGAAACAUUAUGAUGAAGCUAUGAAACAUGAUCCCAUUAAUAUGACGUAUCUCUCUAACCAAGCAGCUGUGUACUUUGAGAUGGGAGACUAUGAAAAGUGCCGGGAAAUGUGCGAGAAGGCCAUUGAUGUUGGCAGAGAGAACAGGGAGGACUACAGACAAAUAGCAAAGGCAUUGGCUAGAAUUGGUAACUCGUACUUCAAGCAGGAAAAGUACAAAGAAGCAGUUCAAUAUUUCAACAAGAGCUUGACAGAGCAUCGCACUCCAGAUGUCCUUAAGAAGUGUCAACAGGCAGAGAAAAUCCUAAAGGAACAGGAGAAACUAGCUUAUAUAAAUCCUGAAAUGGCAUUGGAAGAGAAGAAUAAGGGCAAUGAAGCUUUCCAAAAAGGCGAUUACCCUGUUGCAAUGAAGCAUUACAGUGAGGCCAUUAAAAGAAAUCCCAAUGAUGCCAAACUGUUCAGUAACAGGGCAGCAUGCUACACAAAGCUGGCAGAGUUUCAACUUGCUUUGAAGGAUUGUGAAGAGUGUAUCAGGCUUGAGCCAGCAUUCAUUAAGGGAUACACACGAAAAGGAGCAGCUUUAGAGGCAAUGAAAGAUUUCUCUAAAGCAAUGGAUGCAUACCAAAAAGCACUGGACCUUGACUCUACAUCAAAGGAGGCCACAGAAGGCAUGCAGCGCUGUAUGAUUGGUCAGGCUGUGAGAAACGACAGCCCAGAAGAAGUGAAAAAGAGGGCCAUGGCUGAUCCAGAGGUGCAGCAGAUUAUGAGUGACCCAGCCAUGCGCAUGAUCCUUGAGCAAAUGCAGAAAGAUCCACAGGCUCUCAGCGAUCACCUCAAGAACCCAUUUAUUGCUCAAAAGAUUCAAAAACUUAUUGAUGUUGGAUUGAUCGCCAUUCGCUGAGACCAAGCCCUCGUAUGAAGAAAAACCAGUGUGGAUCAAAAUCACAACCCUCAGUUAUUACAUUCUCUUGCCUUUAAAACAAUGUUUGGUCUUACUUGGACCAUAUUUUUUAUUGGUUCCACUGUUAGUGCAUUACAUUUAGAUCUUGCAUGUAAUUUUCAUAUGCUUAAAUUGAAAACAGGAUUGAUUUUUAUACAUGUGCAUUCUGCAAUCACAAAAAAAACAGUACACACAUUGGUGAAAGGAGAAAUCCACCCUCUAUUUUUGUUUGUCAGCACAGUAAACAUUUUGCAUACAAUUGUUUGUAUGGAAGAUUACAAGUUAAUGUUUCAAUUUGUCUUUUUGUUGUCCUAUUCAAGGCCUGACUAAAGAUCUUCAACAGU